AUGAUUAAAGAAAAAAAAUCAACAAUCCUACUUGUAACAACAAUAGUGUUUUCCAGUACAAACUUAUUGUCUAUACUUGAAACUAUAUUCGCGUUAAAUAAAUCACAAUGGGGUAAUCCAAAUGCUAAUCCGCUUUGUGGGAAGAAAAUUGUUCAUGGACCAUUAGGAUCGGUCACCGUGACAUGUCUCUUCCACAAAUCUGCUAUUCUACCAUCAUCUAUGCCAUCACCUACUUCAUCCUCUCCAACCCAAUGA